CUCCCUGCACAUCAUCCAUUCCCUCCCUCAUCGAUUAUGAACACACUCACCCUUUCAUUCCUCAUCCUUCUCCCUCUCUUAUUCCUUAACCCCAACAUAUCAUCAUCAGCUGAUCAAUCAUCUGAACAAAACAACAACAUCAUCCUCCUCAGUUGUGGUUUACCAACUCCAAACAGAUCGGAUGGCACUCGUACUUGGACCAGUGACAAUGGCACCAUUUAUUCUCCAUCCCUCAACUCCGACGGCACCUUCAACGCCAACUCUCAGCAAUCCGGCGUUCCUCAGGUCCCCUAUCUCACCGCAAGAAUUUUCACUUCCAACUUCACCUAUCGUUUCCCUCUAAAACCCGGCCGCAUAUUUCUCCGUCUCUACUUCUACCCUUCCGACUACUCCCACUUCUCCGCUUCCAACGCUCUCUUCUCCGUCACUGCUGGCACCACCACUCUCCUCAACAACUUCUCCGUAUCUCAAACUGCAGAUGCACUGACUUACUCUUAUCUAAUUCUUGAAUUUUCCCUCAACAUCACUUCUUCCCCACUCAACCUCACCUUCUCCCCCUCACCUUCUUCCAACAGAUCUUACUACGCAUUAAUCAACGGCAUCGAAAUCGUCUCUUCCGAUGGUCUCUUCACUUUCAACUCUUCCGGCAUCGUCAACGGAGCCUCUCCUCUCCUCGUCUCCGGUGGCUCCGUAAUGCCUUAUUUCUUCGAUCCUAGCUGGGCCUUACAAACUGUUUACCGACUAAACGUCGGUGGCAACGACAUCUCCCCCGAGCAAGACUCCGGCACUUUAUAUCGUUCAUGGAAGAAAGACGAUAUGUACAUAGAAGGCGCCGGCUACGGUGUCACCUUCACUGCCGACUACAACGUCUCCAUCAACUACUCUAAAUCUCUUCCAGAGUACAUCGCUCCGAAGACGGUUUACUCUGAUGCUCGGUCUAUGGGACCAAAUCCAGCUAUUAAUCUCCAGAGCAAUCUUUCUUGGAUCCUCCCGGUGGACAACGGGUUUUAUUAUCUUGUUCGAUUCCAUUUCUGCGAGAUACAAAAUGAAUUCACAGUGACUAAUCAAAGAUCUUUUUAUAUUUACAUCAAUAAUCAGACGGCACAAGCAGAGACGGAUGUCAUUGCUAUGAGCGGAGGACUUGGUAAUCCCAUAUAUCAAGAUUUUGUAACCGUGAUGCCCGGUAAGGGACGGAGUAAUCUUUGGAUUGAGCUCCAUCCUGAUACCACCACAAAGCCUGAGUACUAUGAUGCGAUACUCAACGGACUUGAGGUGUUCAAAUUGGAAGAUGGUAAUGACAAUCUUGCAGGACCAAAUCCUGAUCCUGCUUCAAAAUCCGAUGGUGAUGGUAGCAGAGUUUUCCCUGCUAAACUCUCUUCUCAUAAUGAUAGUCAUAAAGUUCCGGUGAUUGCCGGAGGUGUUGUUGGUGGUGCUGCUGUAAUAGUUAGUAUCUUACUCUUCAUAUUCCGACGCCGUCUUAAGAAAAAGACAGUGGCCGGAGCAGGGCAUGAUAAAGAGCCGCCUUCUUGGUCUCCGCUUGCUGUUUUUGACACCUCUCAUUCCAAGACCUCAGGUGAAACAGCUACCACAGGCAGCACUCCUAAGUCAUUCCCCUCAAACCUUUGCCGCCAUUUUACUUUCACGGAGAUCCUCGUCGCCACUGAUGGCUUCUCUGAAGACUUACUUAUCGGUGUUGGUGGCUUCGGCAAGGUGUUCAAAGGAGAAUUACCAGGAGUAGGAGGACGGACAACAAUGGUGGCAAUCAAGAGGGGAAACCCAAUGGCUGAACAAGGUGUUCAUGAGUUCCAAACUGAGAUUGAGAUGCUCUCAAAGCUAAGACACCGUCAUCUUGUGUCUCUCAUCGGCUACUGUGAUGACAACAAUGAAAUGAUUCUGGUUUAUGAUUUCAUGUCUCAUGGCACUCUACGUGAACACCUUUACAAGAGCUCUAGACCUCCAUUGCCUUGGAAAGUGCGCUUGGAGAUAUGCAUCGGUGCGGCACGAGGUCUACAUUAUCUGCACACCGGCGCCAAGAACACCAUUAUCCAUAGAGAUGUAAAGACGACAAACAUUCUCCUCGACGAUAAAUGGAUCGCAAAAGUAUCAGACUUCGGUCUCUCGAAAGCCGACUUAAGUCUAGAUAACACUCAUGUAAGCACGGUUGUGAAGGGAACAAUGGGAUACUUAGACCCGGAGUAUUACCGCCGACAACAGUUAACGGAGAAGUCGGACGUUUAUUCUUUCGGUGUUGUGUUGUUGGAAGUUCUUUGUGCUCGACCGCCGAUCAUGACAUCUUUGCCGAGAGAGCAAGUGAGCUUAGCUGAAUGGGUUAUGCAAUGCAAGGAGAAAGGGAUGCUUGAGAGCAUCAUUGAUCCGUAUCUUGAUGGGAGGAUUGCAAGGCAGUGUUUGAAGACGUAUGCAGAGACUGCUGGGAAGUGUUUGAGUGAUAAAGGGAGUGAGAGGCCUUCAAUGGGGGAUGUUCUUUGGAAUCUUGAGUUUGCAUUGCAGUUGCAGGAGAGUGCAGAGGAUAGUAGUGGGUUAAUUGGGAAGGGCUCUAGCAAAGGAAAUGGUGGUGAUGGUGGUAGUGGUGGUGGUGGUUUGGAUUCAAGGAGUGGAGAGGAGAUGAGCAUCACUACAAGUUCAAGCAAUGUUAUCAGUGGAACAACUAGUAGUAGUGAGCAGAGUUUUGGUAGUCAGGGGUCUAGUGGGUUAACUCCUACUGGUGUUUUUUCCAUGCUUGCCAAUCCUAAGGGCAGGUAAGAACAAGUGGUUUUAGCCUUUUUAAGGUUUGUGUUUUGUUUCUGUGGUAAAAUGGGGAAGUGAUUUCCUAGAGUAAUUUUUAUUUUUCUGUCAUAUACAUUAUAUAUAUAUAUUAUUUGGUCUUUAUUGUUAAUAGAUGUAAUUUAUCCAUACAUAGUUAUGUAUGUUUUGUUUUUGUGGGGAUCAUCUAUCAAUUGUAACAAUAAAUAAUUAGUGGUAUCAUCCUAUUUUUC